AGCGGCUGCUGCUCGCCCACAUGGCGGCGGCUACCGGCGCAGCCGCGGGCCCCUCGGCCGCCCCUGCGGAGGACUGCGGCGUCCCCCCGCCCCCCUCGGACAGCUCCGCCGGCAGCUCCGAGGACCUGGAGCUCGAGGGCGGCGUCCGCGUCAGGGUCUGCGCCGUGGGCGCGCCGGGGGGCCUCUUGGGGCUCACGCUCUGGACCGACGCCGAGGGCGUGGUGCUGCUCGAGUGGCAGGUGGCCGCGGCGCCAGGGGGGCCCUGGCAGCCGCCCCCACGCCCCUGGCCGGCGCAGUCCGGGCUCGACGGCCCCGUGCUGCAGACGGCGCUGGGCGGCGGUGGCGCCGCGGGCGGGCAGUACGCGGACCUGGCGCCAGGCCCCUGGGCCAGCCUCCGCUGGCGGCUGCUGUGCCUCGGGCCGCCGCUCCGGCGCCUGCCUGCGGAGAUGCGCCCGCUCUCAAGCGGCGCCGGGUCUGGCGCGGACCUGGCGGAGCCUCAGCCGGCGCGCGAGGGCGACGGCGAGGCCGAGGAGCUUACGCGUGCCGGGGACGCGGAGUUCGACUCUGGCUCCGAGGUAGAGCGGGCGCUGCCGGGGGCGGUGGUGCGGCUGCGGUUGGGGUCGGGGCGAAGAGGCGGGCCUGCGGCGGAGGCCACAUCAGGAAAGGAAAGGGAAGGAAGCAUCACUUUCCGGAGGACCGCGCAGAUGUUUUGGAUUCCCGGCGCGCUCCGCGCGCCAGGUGGGGGUGCGCUCCGCCCACCACCCCUGGCGCAAUAGUUAGGUGCAACGCCAGGUGGGGGGGGGGCGGGGGCGGCCCGUCCACCCACCUCCCCGCCAUAAGUACGGGGGUUGCCAAGUCCCUGUGGACACCCAAGGGCACCAUAAACCUUUCAAGCACCAAAGAUGGGCACCAUGAGCCUACCGCAACCGAACGAGGUAUACCAUAUGUCCUCC